ACAGUGGGCAGUGGCAGACCCUCGAUUAGCGCAGUGCCUCCCUCCCUCCAACCUGAGGAGGAACCCACUUGGAUUCCCAGAGCCCAGCCAAGCUUCCCAAAGCAGGCAGUCCUUUGCCAGGCUGCAGGAGCCAAGCCCGCCGCGGCGCAGGACUCUCUGCCUCCCUCCUGGGCUCAUUCCUCGGGAAACGGGGGUCAGGAAAGACCCCAAAAGAGCGGGCUUGGAGGCGAAGCCCGCAAGAGGAAUCGGAAUAACUGGAACAGCAGCCCGCAAGGCAACAAGGAUGGGGCGCAGUUGUGCCGACCUUCCGAAGAUGGGGGAAAGGAGCCAAAGGGGCGACUGAUGCUGCUCCGGGGCUUUGCCAAUAGCGAGAGGAAGAGGAGGAGGAGGAGGAGGAAGAGGAGGAGGGAGGAAGAGCUCGGGCGAAGGAAGCCGAGCAGAGGCGCAGAGAGAGUGCCAAGGAUCGGCUGGGAGAGGAAGGAGAGGAAGGAGCACUGAAAAGCCGCCAAGGUGGGAAGAGAGGCGGACGCAGACCCAGCCAUGGUGCCUCUCCAGUUCGGGCGCUCCUAGCAAGGAUGAGAAAGGCGGCUGGGCUCGCUUUCCCCGAACCGGGAUCCACGCGAAGCUUCCCCGGGAUCCACGCGCAGGGUUGGCUCCGGAAGGCUGCCUCCUCCCGGGGUUAGAGGAUCCCUUUCUCUCCCUCUCCCUCUCUCUCUCCACUGGAUCGCCUCCAGCGCCUUCUCAUCCUUUUUGCACCGACUCUUCCUCCCUCUUCUGCUGCUCCAGCCGCUCCAGAAAAGUCCCAAGGCUUCCAGGACCAGCACUAGGAUGGUUCCUCCCCCGCCCAUCAACAAACCCCACGUCUGCCUAUCCACCACACUCAUCAUGAGUAGCAUGGUGCUGAUGGACGCCUAUUUGGUGGAACAAAACCAAGGCUCCAGGAAAUUGGGCAUUUGCAUCAUGGUCUCGGUUGGAGACAUUUGCUUCCUCAUUAUACUGAGGUAUGUGGCAGUUUGGGUUGGGGCUGAGGUGAGGACAGCCAAGCGAGGCUAUGCCAUGAUCCUUUGGUUCCUGUACGUCUUUGUCCUGGAAAUCAAAGUCUACUUCAUUUAUCAGAACUAUAAAGCGGACCGUAAAAGCUUGGAUCUCAUGGCCCGCAAAGCAUUGACUCUUCUGCUGUCCAUCUGUAUACCAGCCCUCUAUGUGUUGCUGGUGGCGACAGAGCACAUGGAGUAUGUCAGGACGUUCAAGAAGAAGGAGGACCUUCGUAACCGUCUCUUCUGGGUCAUUGUCGACAUGCUGGAUGUGCUGGAUAUCCAGGCCAACCUCUGGGAGCCCCAGAAGAAAGGGCUUCCCAUUUGGGCCGAAGGCCUGAUGUUCUUCUACUGCUACAUCCUUCUCUUGGUCCUCCCAUGUGUCUCACUUUGCGAAAUAAGCAUGCAAGGAAUCAGCAUUGUGCCACACCGCAUGAUGCUCUACCCAAUGCUGAGCAUGCUCACCAUCAACAUCACCACCAUCUUCAUUCGUGGUAGUAACAUGGUGUUCUUCAAGGACAUCCGUGUCUCUGGUAUCUUCAUGGGGAAGAACGUGCUGGCUAUUGCUCUCAAGGUCUGCAUGUUUGUGCAGUACAGGAAGCACUUGCACCACACGCCGGCAGGAUCUGGCACCACAGACCCACAACCACAUAACACCACUUCCCAGCAGCAGCCUGUCAUGCAUCUCUUGAAACCCCAGAAUCAGACUCCCUGCCCAGAGGGACUGGGUCAGGAGAACACAUGACACAUUGUGUUUCCACACACUGGGCAACAAGUAAUACCUUCAGUCUGUGAUCCUUAGGAUCAGAUGUAAAGAAGGACUAAGGAGUCUCUACUGAGCCUUAUGGAGUCAGUGCUGCUCCUUUCAGAAAGUUUGUGAGUGACCCUCUUCCCUUCCUCCCGUUGCACAGAUAUGCUGCUGGAAUUUGGAAUUUCCUUGGGCUAAGAUAAGGACAAUGGUGGAGUAAGACAAGACAAACAGCAGUCUUGGUGCCAAGGUGCGAGAGAGCAGACCAUAAAGUCCAGACAGGUGGAUCCAUGAAGUGGAGCAGCUCCAGGAUCAAUAAUCAGCUCAGUGGAUAACAGUGAGGAAGAAGGUGACUAACAAAACUGAGUCAGCUGUUGGAUCAUCUGGAAGUUGUUUUGAGCUUCUUGAGUUGAGUCAACUGGAAGUCAACAGGUAGCUGAUUCUGCUCCCUGUAAUAGAUCUGGAAAUAUGAGGAAAACAUCUAUUCUACACCUGUUGGGUACAUAUGGUUUUACAAUUUUGGUGACCUUUCUUUCUGGGAUGGUUGGAGAAAGUUGUGUCUGCUGCUUGCCCCAUUCAAUUUCUGGGGACUGUCUGGGAUGAGGACAUAGGGCUUGCAUCAGUUUCAGAGCCAUCUUGAGUUCCAGUGUGGAAACAGGCUGGUUCACGAGCCCCUCUUCCAGUUUUACCCCCUCUCCCCCAUAACUUUUCUUCUCUUUUCAAUAAAAUGAAGGCCAAGCCUUA